AUGUCCGACUCAAAGUAUAACCACAACGAAUUUGUAAAGGCCCGCUUAAUACUUUACAAAAACCUAGAAGACCUCAGCACCGCCCUGCAAAUUCCAUACAGCGACAGGCAAAGCAUAGCCAAAUCCCUCAUCGAUUGCACAGAAGAACUAGACACCAUGGACGAGCGCGCCGCCAAAGCCCAAGCAACCGAAGGAGCCGACGUCCCAUCCUGCCUCAAGAAGCGCUGCAGGCUUAUAAAGGAAGUUAUGAAUGCGCUGAGCGCGGCGGUCGCCGAAACCGAUAGAAUGCUUUCUCGCGCCGUGCUUAUGACGGCGUACCUUAGUUCGCAGGUUGGUAGACUUACGUUGAAUGCUCAUGAUGAUAGGGUUGAUAAGACGGCGCGGCAUUGUGAUGAGGGGACUGUUUGCUUGGAGCUUAAUUGGGUGCGGCCUAGUACGACGGGGAGUCAGGCUGCUGAGGAGGCGUAUCGCGUUCUUGGGGAGAGGUGGGAUUCGCUUGAUCUUGCUGUUGAUGGGUGUGAUUGUCUUCAGUGUGGUAGAAGGCUGCGUCGUGGUGGUGCUACUAUGUAG